ACGGCCCAGUCUUCUCCCAGGAGAGAGACACUGCAGGUAGGGACUGCCAAGAAAAUAUAUGACCCAAUAGCAGAGUCAAUUACUGGAAGGUGACCAAAGCCAGACCAGCUGUACGAUGCGAUUGGAAUCCAAUUGACUCACUGUCAUGUUGGAGACAUUCACAAACUCUAAUUCGCUUGUCCAUCCGGUGGGAAGGUACCGAGCGUUAUGUUAUACCGAUGCCUGUCUUAACCUUUCCUAACAAACGGAAGCUGCCUGACUUGAGCUUGUUCACCCAGUUUCUGAGUGCCUCGGAAAGGUCGGUGCACUCAGCUAGGACAGUCUGGCUCCGAGCCGCAGGGAGCUAGCCGCACUGGAGACUGAUUGGUGUUAAGAGUGUUGAUAUCUAUUUGCUUCUGACAUGACGGGGCCAACCUGUUUGGGAAACCAGAAUUUCUUCUUGAUAAGUAGGUGGUUACAGCCCUGUGGAGAUGCUCCUUCUGAAGCCACAUCUGUUGGUCGUGGAAGGAUCUCUCUCUCCAGGGAGCAGUUUGACUGCAAGGAGUUCAUGGACGACGGCAUGUACUGCACAAGGGAGUCCAACCCCCACUGUGGCACGGAUGGCAUGACAUACGGCAACAAAUGUUCCUUCUGCAAGGCCGUCAAGAGAAGUCAGGGAAGUGUUCGAUUGGAGCAUCUUGGAAAAUGCUGAAGCCUCCUCGCUGCUGAGUGUUAAAAGCUGCCCUUCUGCUUUCGCUCUCCACCAACCGCUGCGGAUCCCUGCUCCCAGCCACGGUCUCCACACACCCUUCUCCCCGGGAGCUGCUGGGGACGACAGUGUCUCCAAUUUGCUUGUCCAAUAAAGUGAACUCAGCAGAA